CAAAUUAAUUCCACAAGAUUCAGUAUGGAAACCAGCACCCCGGUGGAUGACUACGAAUCAUAUCCAACCGUAUAUGACAUUAUGGAAGAAAGCAAAGUAUGCACAAUGGUCGAUUUUGGAAACCUUAAGAAAAAAUUGGUACCAGUGGUAUUUUCACUGAUAUUUGCUUUCGGGCUUUUAGGUAAUUUGUUGGUAAUUGUGACCUUCAAUUACUAUAAGAGAGCAAAGUCAAUGACAGACGUUUACCUCCUUAAUAUGGCAAUAGCGGAUAUAUUACUUGUUCUCACACUUCCAUUCUGGGCUGUGUAUUACCAUGAAGAACAUUGGAUUUUCAAGGAUUUCAUGUGUAAAUUGGUCAGAGCUAUAUAUGCAAUAAACUUUAAUUGCAGUAUGCUAUUACUAGCAUGUGUAGGGAUUGACCGCUACGUUGCAAUUGUGCAGGUCACAAAGUCUUUCAAAUUCAGAACUACUGCUAUGGCAUACAAAAAACUGAUCUGCUUAUUUGUGUGGGUCAUUUCUGCCUGCUUGUCCAUCAUUACCUACUACUUCAAUGAAUGUUAUAAAAUUAAUGGUGAUCAGUGGGUUUGUGAACAAAAUUAUCGUAACAUCAAAAUGCCAUUAAACUUGAAGUUCACAGUUAUAAUUGUCCAGGUAACAAUCGGCUUCUUCAUUCCUUUUCUUGUUAUGUUAUUUUGUUACACAUUUAUUAUUAAAACAUUGCUUCAAGCACAGAAUUCUCAGAGACACAAAGCAAUACGAGUAAUUGUCGCUGUAGUGGCUGUAUUUCUGAUUUGUCAGUCACCAUACAAUAUGCUUCUUCUGAAGAAAGCCACAAAUUUGUUAAAUCAAGAAACGGACUGUGAUGAUCAUCGGAAAACAAAAUAUGGCCUCUUUGUUACAGAGGUACUGGCCUUUUGCCAUUGUUGCCUAAAUCCAGUUAUUUAUGCUUUUGUUGGAGUGAAAUUUAGAAAUUACUUUGUGAAAAUAAUGCAAGACCUAUGGUGCACUGGCAAACGAUAUAUCAUUGGAAAUCGUAGUUCAAGAAUGUCAUCUGAUGCAUACACUUCUAGAAGAACAAGUGAAGUAUAUGCUACUGAGGGUGGUUCAUCAUUUACCAUGUAAUUAAAGAAAGUAAAAACACAAACAUCUCUCUAGGACAGUGGUUCCCAACCCAGUCCUUAA